GGAAUAACAAGUAGAAACGGGUUUUCAUCAUCCACCUGAUCAUGCUGCUUAAUGGAAGUCAUGGAUCUGAGCAACGAGUGGUGGAACUGUUUAAUUACAUUGAUACUCACCAGGAUGAAUUUGUUCAGGACCUUAAGGAUUGGGUUGCUAUCCCAAGUGAUUCUAGUGACCCUCUCCUACGUGAAGACCUGUCUAACAUGGUGGAAAUCGCAGCUAAAAGCAUUCGAGCUCUGGGAGCCACUGUGAAGCUAGUUGAUAUGGGUGAAGAAAAGCUGAAUGACGGGCGGAAUAUUCCCUUUCCAAAAGCAAUACUAGCCGAACUUGGAAACAAUUCUUCAAAAGCGACUGUUUGCAUUUAUGGGCACGUAGAUGUGCAGCCAGCUAAAAAGGAAGAUGGAUGGAACACUGAUCCCUAUAAUAUGACAGAAAUAAAUGGAGAUCUUUAUGGUAGAGGAGCAGCUGAUAAUAAAGGCCCAGUGCUAGCAUGGAUAAAUGCAGUCAAAACAUAUAAAAGUCUGAAUCAGGAAAUUCCAGUGAAUUUAAAAUUCAUUAUCGAAGGAGUAGAAGAGACUGGAUCUCCAGGGCUAGAAGAUCUUAUUAAAGCACAUGUCAGUUUUUUUUCUGAUGUUGACUAUAUUGUCAUAUCUGAUAACCUGUGGCUAAGCCGAAAACCUGCUCUGACAUAUGGAACUAGAGGCAGUGCCUACUUCUUCAUUGAGGUGGAAGGUGGUACAAAAGAUCUGCAUUCUGGAACAUUUGGAGGCAUCAUCCAUGAAGCAAUGAGGGAUCUAAUAUACCUCUUAGCCAACCUUAUAGAUUCUUCUGGCCAUAUCCUCAUCCCUGGCAUUUAUGACGAUGUUGCACCGCUUACGGAAGAAGAAAGAAAGUUGUAUGAACAUAUAGAUUUCGACUUGGAGGAACAUCAAAACAAUAGUGGCGUGAAUACAUUUUUGUAUAGCACAAAGGAGGAAAUACUUCAGCAUCUGUGGCGAUAUCCCAGCCUGACUAUCCAUGGAAUUGAAGGAGCUUUCUCUGGGCCCGGCAGCAAAACUGUUAUACCUUCAAAGGUAAUAGGAAAAUUCUCCAUUCGCCAAGUUCCAAAUAUGAAGAGUUCAGUUGUGCAAAAACAGGUAACAAAACAUUUAGAAGAUGUGUUUGCAAAGCUAAAGAGCCCAAAUAAACUAACAGUGUCCAUGAUAAUUGGAGCGUCGCCUUGGGUGGCUGAUGUCAAUGAUCCUCAGUACGCAGCAGCUCGGAAUGCUAUAACAAAAGUAUUUGGAGUUACACCCAAUAUGAUCCGAGAUGGUUCAACCAUUCCACUGGCCAGAAUAUUCCAGGAUUUGACCAAGAAAAGUGUUAUGAUGCUUCCUAUUGGUGAUGCAGAUGCUGGGGAACACUCCCAAAAUGAGAAGAUAAGCAGGUCUAAUUAUAUACAGGGGACAAAACUCUUUGCAACGUUUUUCCUGGAAUUGUCUAAGGUGCAUGAAGAAUUAAUGGCAAAAAAUCACCCUAGUGUUGGAAACUGAAUAUUAAAGGCACAUCACAAUGAACACAUUCAGAAGCAAAAAACUAUAAAUGAUUUGUAUAUCUUUUUUGUAGGCUUGAGGCAAGUAUCCACCUCAUAUAUACAGUACUUUAAGGGGCAUAUUUAUUAUGCUGUUUAAAACAUUUCGGGAUAAUACACCUUCACGUUGCGAGGUUUCGCCAGAAGCAAUGUAAAAUAAUGGUGGUAAAUCUAGCGUUCGCAUGGCGUAAAAUUACACACACAAUGCAACAUUUUACACAACAUAAUAAAUAUUCCCAUAAAAGCUUUGGCAGAAAUCCCAUAAUUCGUCAUAGCAAUUUUUACCACCACCGAUUUCCAUUAUUGCUGGUGGAGAAGCAUGAUAGUGAUGGGCGGCCUGACUCGCUGGUUUACCCGCAGGUCUGGCCAACCUCGCUGCUCGACUUGCGUGUCGCGGACGGGUUCGGGUUUAGCUCUUCUGCUUGCUCUCCCCUGCCACUUUAGACUGCUGGCUUCUGACUUCCUGUUUUAUAGGCUUGCGCCUGCCCUGCCCCUUUUGUGACAUCAUUGGCAGGGUGGAUCGGUGCUGGUCUAUAAAUUGAGGGGAGCAAGGUGAGUGUGGGUCCAACCCACACAUCAUUAAAGCAUGAAACUAUGGGCCAUGACCCUUCAUUUUCACCAAAUAAACAUCCAAUUGUUUUCAUCAUUUCUGAGAGUAUAUACAGGUAUAGGAUCUAUUAUCAACUGACAUCAAUUUAGCAGCUAUCCCAUUACUAUAUGUUUUUAAGACAAGUGAAUGUAUUGCUUCUUGCACUUUGACAAAUGAGUGGAUUAGCUAAAAUGUAAGUCUCUACCAAAUAAACAUCCUAUUGUUUUCAUCAGGAAACCCCGAUUCCUUCUAUGUGGUAUAUACAGUAUAAUAAAAACUACAGGCUAAAUUAACAAAAAUGUAAGCUUUUAUUAAAAACAUGUAAGCAAUAUUAAAGUGCAAACAAAGGGGUAUAUUUAUCAAAGAGUGAAGUUAGAGAUUACCACAGUCCUCUAGAGUGAAAUUCCACCAUUCAUUUCUAUGGGAUUUUUAAAAGAGUAUUUAUCAAUGGGUAAAAGUGAAAGUUCAUCCUUAAUAAAUAUGCCUUUCAAAAUCCAAUAGAAAUAAAUGGAGAGUGGCAAAAUUUCACUCUAGCAGUCUGUGACGAUCUUUAACUUAACUCUUUGCUAAAUAUACCCCUAAAACUUCUAAACUAUAUAAAUAACAAUAAAAGAGCAACUAAAGUGCAGCAUUGUUAUGAAGCCAGCUCCAUAUUAAAGUUCAGUAAUUGAGGGUCGAGACUGUUCUCAUCCAUUUGAUGUGGCAGGCAUGGGUGGAUUGUAUGGAUACCAGGAUAUGUAUUGGAUGUGCAUAUGUAUUGGAUGGUGGUGCAUGACUGACCAAAUUGUGACCCUUGCAUCACUUCAGCUUGAAGGACAGGCCUCUGAUCUUGUGGGAUCAUCAUCACGCUUGGAACUAGUCCACAAA